GGACUGUACGUAGGCGCUUCAGUCUCUGGUUGGGACGCGAAAGUUUAGGAGUGUGGCAUUACAAACGGAUCCUCGGAUUACGCGAGGCGCUCAUAUACACAGAUACUCACAGAGAGAGAGAGAGAGAGAGGGAGAGAGAGAAAGAAAGAAAUAGAUAGAUAGAUAGAUAGAUAGAUAGAAUAUAUACACAACACACAACAGAGAGAUAGAUAAAGUCCCGAUCAUAUCAGAGUUGAUACAUUGUUUACGUUAUUCUCGCAGAUGCAAAAAAAGGAGAAGUUAGAAAUCGAAGACGACGACAAAGAAGAAUCAGGAAAUUUUUUCUAAUAUCGACGAUUUCAAUCUUUGCUUUGAUCAUUGCAUUUUGCAAGUUUUUUUUUUUGUCGAUCGGCCUAAUCAUCGUCAUAAUUCUCUUUCAAACAACGACGACGAGGACGAUUUAGCGUCGGUCUGUCGUCUUUUUCUUUUCUUUUCAUUUUUUUUUUCCUUCUUCUUCUUCUUUUUCUUCUCUCUCUCUUUUUAUUCUUGAAAAUCAUUCGAGAAUCGAGCGACGCGAUUAUUAAACACGAAAUGCUCGUCUUUGCUACAUGCCGGAAAAUUUCGUGAUGUAGGCGCAUUCGAUCAAUCGUAGUGAUAGAAGAACAAACUACUCUCCUUCUGCUCGUGGUUAUUAUACUUCGACGAAGAGUUUCUUUAUUGUUAAAAAAAACUCGAGCGGGCGAUUAUUAAUUCCUUUUUUAUUUUCUUUUACACCGACUCGAUGAACAUAUAUAUAUAUAUAUGUAUAUAUAUAUGUAUAUGAUUGGAUAAUAUUCCGGUGUGAUUUAUGCGAUUAUUUUUCUCGUAAAUGUACAUCAAUCACGACUGCACCUGAGGAUCCAAGCUUGGCUAAACAAUACAUUCACGCAUCUUAAUAAUCAUCGAUCAUGUCUGUACUACUGGAAGCCAGGCCUUACAGGCCCUUCAAAUCUUCAGAGGAGUAUUUGGUUGCGAUGAAGGAAGACUUGGCUGAAUGGUUGAAUGCACUUUAUCCGGAAUUACGAAUCAAUGUUGACAAUUUUAUGGAUCGCCUUGACACUGGCGUGGCCUUAUGCAAACACUCAAACAACGUUAGAAAAUCAGCAGCGGAAUACGUGGCACGACGACAAGCGAGAAAAAUUAGUAUGACGCGUUCUAUAACAUCGUCAUUGGCAUUACCUAUGUCCCAAUUGAGUGACGUGGCAUUUUUGCCAAAUGCAAAAGCGGGAACAUUCUUUGCACGGGACAACGUGUCGAAUUUUAUCGGUUGGUGCCGAAACAGUCUUGGUAUCAUCGAGUGUUUACUAUUUGAAACGGAUGAUCUGAUAAUGCGUAAAAAUGAGAGACACGUUAUAUUGUGUUUGCUUGAGGUUGCAAGACGCGGGGCUAAAUUUGGUAUGCUAGCACCAAUGUUGGUGCAAAUGGAAAGACAAAUCGAUCGAGAAAUCGCUGCUGAAAACAAAGCUGCCAAUGGUACCCAAACUAAUGGUCAUUCGAACGAGGACAGCGACGACGAGUAUUCCGACAUGCAUCAGGAAGAACCUUGUCUCAUUUACGGUCCGCAACCACAGAUUGUUACCAACGAUCUCAAAAGUCUCGACGAAAUGGUACGAGAUUUAGUCGAGAGAUGCACGUGUCCAACACAAUUCCCAAUGAUUCGUGUAUCAGAAGGAAAAUAUCGUAUCGGUGACACUAAAGUUCUCAUUUUUGUUCGUAUUCUACGCAGUCACGUGAUGGUUCGCGUUGGUGGGGGUUGGGACACCCUCAGUCAUUAUUUGGACAAGCAUGAUCCCUGUCGAUGCAGAACUUCACAUCGUUCGAUGAUUUCCGCAAAGUUGAUACAAAAGGCAGGAGGCUCGUUCGAUCUUGGAAGCGCGCAGGUGCAUUACGAAAGAUCACCUCCAAGGACUCGAAGAAGUUCCGCGUCGAGCGUUGGUUCUUGCGCUGGCACGACGUUGCAGAAUCAGCAAUCACCAGCAACUGCAACUGCAACUGCAACUGCAACCGCAGCAGGAACUCUCGGACAGUUGCACGCGCCCAGAAGCGUUUCCAACAAUCGUUCGAGAUCGCCAACACCUCAGCAAACCAACAAGCAUCAACAUUACCUCCACCACCAUCACCAUCACCAGCAACAACAACAACAACAUCACCAUCAACAGCUAGGAGAGGAUCAACAGAAAAAGAUUAAUCGUUCGAGGAGUCCAACCCCUCAGAGAAAAUUCUUUAACAAUCCGAGUCAUCAUCAACAAGUAACGACUACUAUUACUACUCCUGACUCUGGGAAACAAAGAUCGAGGUCACCCACGCCCAAAGUAACCUUGGGAUCUAGAAGUCCAACUCCCAAGGAUCCGAAGAGAGAGUUGCACCAAGAGAUCAAAGCAAAAGUACCGCUCUCGGAGGAGUUCGCAAAGAGAUACGUGGUUGAUGGUGGUGUAGCACGAAGGGCUGUCGAAAGGGAAGACACACCGAAAUACGAGGCAACGAUUUACAAUUACAAGUGCCGAGAGAAUUCGAGCAGUCGGAGCCCAACUCCGAGUCCUCCCGCAAUUAAAGAAGAACCAGCAUUGGAAAGUUUUGCAAAGGACAAUACCAACAACCCGACGGUCACCAACAUCAACACCAGCAACAAUAAUAGCACCACCACCACCACCUCGACGAAUGUACAUUACGCUAAAUCUCUUCACGGUGAUGGUGAACAUUCGGACAAUUGCAGUGAAGUAUCAGACGAAGGUUAUCGAAGUCUUGGUGCCGUUCAACCACCACCAACAACAACCAAUGGAAAUUCUGCUCCAAAUGCCCAAUCAUCAUCAUCAUCAUCAUCAUCACCGACGGUUGCCGAUUCUCAAAAGCAACCCAUUAAAACGGAACACGAGGAGAGAUCAUGCGUAGAGACGGAAAGUAUCGAAACGGGAUUACGAAAGAUAAGGAUAGGACCGGGUAGUCCAUUGAGAGCAUCACCAGCGAGAAGCGUCGCAUCUUCUUCGGGUGAUCGUACACCGAGAGCUGGUUCGGUUAUACGUGAGAAUAGUAACGUAUCACGAACAUCUUCGGGUAGUAGAACACCACGAGAAAGUAAUUCAAGUCCCGAAGGAAGUCCUUUAAAACGUACUACGACUAUUCGUAAUAGUUUACGAAAGCCACCGACUGGUAGUCUGAGUAAAGCUUCGGCAUUACCGAAGUCCAGUCAGCUUAGCACCAGCGGCAGCAACACGUGGAACGGUCGACAGGCUAGACAAAGGCCUAGUUUGCAAUCCGACACCUUUUUGAAUCCACAAGGAUCGGCAACCUGCGCGACCACGCCGAGUUUUUCUAGGAAAAGUACAGUUAGACAAAGUUUACCGAGGCCAGCUAGCAACGGUGGGCCCCAAUACGACAGGAACGGUCGUAGAAUCAAACAAUCGACAACCGGAGGAGGGGGAUCCUCUUCCCUUCAAUCAUCGCCAACCAAGGUAGCCAACCCAUUGCUCGAACAGAUUCUUCAAAAAGUUGGACACUUGAGGGAUGAUCGAGAGGUAGUACAAAAACUCCAAGAUCUUCUAAGGGAUUAUCAAGUUAACACUCACAGUGAGAACGAUCCAACCCUGGAAUUCACCAGAGCCUGGAUUGACGGAAACGGUACCGUCGUUCUUCCUCAGGACAGUCAAAUAGUUGCCAGUCCAAGAAAAGAUCCCAAAGCAGCUUCGGAAAGGGGUAGCUUUUCCAGAAUACCAGCACCCAUUUACAAAAGGCCCAUGUCUGUCGCUUCCGACAGCGUCUGAUAAUGGUCCUUGAUUCUUCGAUCUAUAGAUCAUCGAUCAUCGAUUGGAAAAUCAUUUCCAAACUCGAUUAGGUGAUCCAUUUUUUUGUUCUCCUUUUCUCUUAUUUUACUCUAACUUUCAACGAGAUGAAUUAACGUUAUUAUAUGCGUUCGUAAUUGUAAGUUAAAGAAUUUUUAUUGAACGGUAGAGAGAAGAAAUUUAACGAGGAGGUUUACAUUUAAUUUUUUCCUUGUUACAUUUUUUCUCAUGAUAUUUCUCGAUGACGUUGAUGAUAACGACGAUGAUGAUUAAUGAUUGACGCUGUGGUGCUUCUGACGAUGGUGCUGUAAGUUUGACGUCUCCUUAUCGAACGAACUUACGAAAGAAAGAAAGAGAGAGAAUGGCAAAUUAAAAA